UUCAUCUCACACACUCCAUCUCCCUCCUUUUCGUCUCUCUCCAGCCUCAUGUUCACACCACCGUCAAGCCGGAGCUGAUUCCCCGUCUAGCCGACACUGAGAGCCCACAGCGGUGGGCACACAGCGGUGCCAGGAUGAAGUUUUGGGGACCAUGUUCGGUUGGAUUUUAUAUUUGUGCGGCCAUGCUUUUCAAAGGAUCCCUGCAGGGAGAACACCAGAGGAGGCUGUACAAGGAGCUGCUCGCUAACUACAACCGGCUGGAGAGACCUGUGGUCAAUGACUCAGCAGCCAUCUUGGUGGAGCUUGGCCUCACACUGCUGCAGAUCAUAGACGUGGAUGAGAAGAACCAAGUACUGAUGACCAACGCCUGGCUGCAGCUGUACUGGACGGACAUCUACCUGAGUUGGAAUCCAGAAAAUUACCCUGGUGUCCAGAACCUGCGAUUCCCUUCAGACCAGAUCUGGACCCCUGACAUCCUCCUUUACAACAGUGCGGACGAGCGGUUUGAUGCCACCUUCCACACCAACGUGCUGGUGAAUGCGUCAGGUUAUUGCCAGUACAUCCCCCCUGGCAUCUUGAAGAGCACCUGCUACAUUGACGUGCGUUGGUUUCCCUUCGACGUGCAAAAAUGCGACCUGAAGUUUGGCUCAUGGACGCACAACGGCUGGCUGCUGGACCUCCAGAUGUUGGAUGUGGACACAUCUACUUACAUACCCAAUGGAGAGUGGGAUCUUGUGGGUGUGCCAGCCAAGCGCAAUGAGCUGUACUAUGAGUGCUGUAAGGAGCCCUACCCUGAUGUGACAUUCACAGUCACCAUGCGCCGCAGGACGCUAUACUAUGGCCUCAAUUUGCUCAUCCCAUGUGUACUGAUCUCUGGCUUGGCCCUGCUUGUCUUCCUUCUACCUGCAGACUCGGGGGAAAAGAUUUCUCUGGGCAUCACCGUGCUGCUUUCGCUAACUGUCUUCAUGCUUCUGGUAGCAGAGAUCAUGCCUGCCACGUCCGAUUCAGUUCCUCUUAUCGCCCAGUACUUUGCCAGCACCAUGAUGAUAGUGGGAAUGUCCGUGGUGGUGACAGUUAUAGUCCUGCAGUUUCACCAUCAUGACCCUCAGGGAGGCAAGAUGCCCAAGUGGGUUCGAGUGGUUCUGCUGAACUGGUGUGCCUGGUUUCUCCGUAUGAAACAACCUGGCGAUGAGCGCAAGCGGCCUGGGUACAAGUACCGUCACAGAUCCCAGCACCACUCCAGCACCAGCUCCAUAGAGAUGGGCACUGUACCAAGCCUCACUAUGCCCCUCUCACAGACAUCCUGCCCGCCUUGCCCCACAGGCACCUCCAACGGGUCCAUGAGCCUGUACUUUGGCAAUUACCACCCGAUAGAGAGCCCACAUUGCCCGCCCUCUAGCGACUCCGGGGUAGCACUAGGGGGACGUGCCCAUGGCUCCCCCAGUGAUGAGGCUGAGCCACCUGGAGGAGUUGGCAGUGGCGUCGGAGGCCUGGGGAUGGGAUCUGGACCUGGGAUGGGAGUCAGCAUCCCCCCGCCAGAGAUCCAGCGCAUCUUGGAGGAGGUGUCGUACAUAGCCCAGCGGUUCCGGGACCAGGAUGAGGCUGAGGCCAUCUGCAGCGAGUGGAAAUUUGCAGCAGCGGUGGUGGACCGGCUGUGCCUGGUGGCCUUCUCUCUCUUCUCCAUCAUUUGCACCUUCACCAUCCUCAUGUCAGCACCCAACUUCAUAGAGGCUGUUUCCAAGGACUUCACAUAGCUGGUUGCAGCAGCAGGAGAGAAUGGGAAGGAAGACGGCACAAACUAGGGUUGAAGAAGAGAUUAAGAAAGAAAGUAAACAAUGAAAGUGCAGUAUGUGGUCCCCAACCUACAGUCUGGGCACCCCAUUGGAUAAGAGUUGGGCCACGCAGUGUUUUAUUUGAAAAAUAAUCUCAAGUAACUCACAAAAGUAAAGGGAGCCUGGCCGCUGUAGCCAGCUGCUGAAUCAUGUUGUUAAUUGAAUCAGUCAGGAAAAAAAAUAUUCAUGAUUGAUGAAUAAAUAAUUACAGAGAUUAUUAUGUUGCAUUAGAUUUUAAAAUUAAGAAUAGAAACACACAUUCAUUGUCCCGCUCUGUCUUGAUGUCAGAGAGAAAUUGUUCAUAUCUCGAAGAGAAAAAUUGUUUGGGCAUGCAGACUAAAGACAAGCGGGGAGGCUAAUGGCAAAAGGUUGGGAAUCACUGGGGCAGUAGAGGAGGGGACUAUAGAUUUUCUUUUUUUAUAUUGAGUAAGAUAUAUAGAUAUAAUAAGGGGAAGAUAAUGCAGCAGCUCAUUUUCUAUACCCCUUAAAACAGUGUAAAUAUCAUUGCUUCAUCUGCACUAUUCAUUUAAAAAAACGGUGCUGUAUGUAACCCUGGAGAAAGGGAGUUGAUUGUUGAGUCUCAUUCACAGGUCGUCAAAUUCUGAUGCUUUGGGUUUGUAGUGGGACUUUGGGUUUGGUAGUGGGACCGAACCACUACUCCUGCUUUUUAUUGCCCUCUACUGGUUUCCCUCUGGGUAGCAAUUUUCUUUUGUUUCUCCCAUUUAUAACAAAUUUUCACAACUUUAUUCCUUUUCAUUAUCACUUGCUGUUUCUGGCACUGCACAACAUUUAUAAGCCCAACAACUAUAAAUGUGUACGGUUUCCUAACCACUGCCGCUUCCUGUCUCUCCCUCCUCUUCCAACCCUUCAGGGAUGGAGAGGGGCACUGGUUGGCGUUGCAUGAGUCAGGCUCACCUGCCGAUGGACGCUUUGGUUGUGUCCGAAAUCACUCACUACUCACUAUACAGUCCACUAUAUAGUGAGUUAGCCAUUUUGUAGUGCUCUAUGAAUGUAGAGUGGGAUUUAUUAUACCCUAUAUAGUGGACUCAAAGUAUCCCACAAUGCACCAUGAAAAGUGGCACACAACCUGCUGUACAUGUUUAACUUAUAAUGACAUGUUACCAGUUUCUUUGCCAUGUAAUAAACUGUCAGUUCAAUGUAAAAUCGACGGUCCUCGAAGAGAAAAAAUAAAUCAGCAACUGAUCUUCAGUGCUGUACAGUUUCUUUACAGAGUAGGGCUAAAAACGCUAGCUAUAAUGUUAGCAAGCUGGGUCGCUACUAGCUCUUAUUUUGUGCCGUAAUGUCAUAAUGCAUAACGUUAUACAUUAAUCAACAAGGCAUUGCAUGACUGACUGGCAAAACAAACUUCUACACAACAAAGUUUAAACAGAAAAUUACAUUAGUAGGACAGGUUGCAAAUACAACAUGCUAAUGUUUUUAGCACAAGUCUAUGGCAUUUUACAUUGUAUAUAUUAGCCCAGUGAUGAGCGGAGAUUUCCUCUGCUCAUAUGGAGCCAGGAUAAAUCAAAAAGACUCAAAAAUCAGCUGUCUUCCUCCAGAGUUACAUACGGCGCCUUUAAGUUACUGUACAGUGACUCACACAGCACCACAGUCCACCUCACUGCCUCCUCUCCAGUUCAUUUCGAUCGUCUGAACUUUUGUUCUCCCAUAUGUACAGAUCCACACUGUCGCUCAGUCUGAGCUCAUACACCAACUGUUCACCUUCUGAACUCUUAAUAAGGACGUCCGAUGUCUUCUGAUGAUGUACCAUCCCUGUGAUGUUAGGUUAGUAACUAAAAUGAGAUGUUUCACUGUGAAUUUUAUUGUUUUUGCUUUCACUUCGAUCGACAUUGAACACAACUUGUUUGCUUUGACACAAGCUUAGAGGCAUUUCCUUUAUUCAUCAGAGUAGAAAUGCUCAUCUAGGAUCACUCUUUUAACUUUGUCUUGCCUGUUUUUAUUUUAGCCAAUAGAAUCUGUAAUGUAGUACGAAUAGUUUGGGACAGUGUUAUAAUGAAACAUGCAAUAUAUUUUAUCAAAAAGCACUGUGUCGACACAGUAUGUACUGGUGUUGACCCAGUGACACAAAAUGCACAGGUGUGUUUCUAAAGCGCAGUCGAAUACUGUGAGUUGAACUGUACAGUUCAUCUUUUAACCAAGUGUUCUGACACCACAUGUUCAAGUCGUUGAUUUUACUGUAAGAAGCAGGUAAAGUGGUUUAACUGCUGUCACAUAAAAAUACCCAUUGUCAUGGACUUUGUUGGACUUCACUGUACAUAAGUGCUCACUGAAGAUGAAGACAAUUUGUGACUGUGACACCACAGACAAUGACAAGAGGCUUGACAGCAAGAAAACUUCACCAACCCAUCUGCCACCAUUUCACUGGAGAAUAUACUGUAGAUUUAUAAAAGGCCCUAUGUGUCCGUGAGUUUCGUCUGUGUUUUGUUAGAGGGAGCUGAGUGACUGAUUCACACUACAAAGUUGUCAACCUCCACUUUUGCCUUCACCUUUAGCCACCUCUUUGUUGUAGCUAAAGUCAUCGAUCUCUUUAUCUCUCUCUCUCUGUCAUUCCAAGUGUGAGUUUUUGGCUCCCUAUGUUAAUAAAAGUCUAUUUAUUCUCUGUACAACAGGCUCUGAACAAAUCUGUGGGGAAUGUGGAGGGAGGGAAAAGCUUGGUUUGGUCUGAGAAGAAACCAGUGGUUUGUUGCUAAUCAUCUGGAAGAUUCAGCACAGCUGUGUGAACAGGUUAGAGCAGCCACACUGCCCGCGUGAGCAGCUGCGGAACAUCUAGAGCAGUGGUUCCCAACUGGUCCAGCCACGAAGUUCACAUUUCUCCUUCAUCAUUAGUUAAAGGCCCACACAGUUUAAUAUAUUAAGCGUCGUACUUUUACGACAUUUGCUGUCUCUGUCACGUAGCUAUCUGUUAGUCACUCACUCUACAGCAGGAAAUGGCACUUCAAAAUAAUAGCUCUGCCGGAAAUUGACUGUACUAUAAAAUACAGUGUGCUUUUUUCAAACUUGGCAUGUUUGCAAGUCAGUUGGGAUCCAUUCAGAAUGGACUUGGGACCCACUUUUGGACUGCAACCCACCAGUUGAGAGCCUCUGAUCUAGAGAAUAGGAGGCUCGCCUAUUUUUCAUGUGAUGUGUGUGGUUUCAGCAAACAGUGUUUUGAUAACCAUAUCAACAUCAUACAACAUUUCACAGUUUCAAUGUCUAUCUGUCACAGACAUGAAAAAAAUAAAAUUUGUUUUUAACUCAA